AUGUCCCAUCAAGAUGCAUACCAACAACUUGCCAGCGUCUUCACAUCUCGAGGCAACCAGGUUCUUGAAAUUGAAAUCAUCCCAUCAAGCCUAGGAUCAUUCCUACAAGAUGGCAAUGCAGUCGGCACAAGCAAAAAGACAUUAGUCGCCGCAUAUAUAGUCGCACGACAACUCUUCAGCAACCUCCAGCCAGGGGAUUUCUCCCACCCGGCCAUCACAGAGAUAAUGCUCCUCUUCGACUGUGAGCAUCUGACAGCCUGCAACUGGCGCAAGCUUCGCAUCAAGGCAGCCACAGCAGCUUCAGACUCGCAAGACCUGCUCCAGGCCGAGCUCACGCUCCUAACGAGCUACCAGUGCUCGCCACUGCAUCGUCACACCAAGUCUCCGACAUUAUGGCAUCACAGACUAUGGGUGCUGCGCCAGAUGCAAAGGCGUCUUCCUAGUCAGGAGGCCUUGGAUUGUCUGAACUCAGAACUGGAAGUCGUUCUUCGAGCCGGAGAACUGCACCCUAGAAAUUACUACGCUUUCAGCCACAUGCGACAGCUGUCUGCUCUCCUCGGCACACACUGGGAUGCAUCGACCAUCGACCGUGUCGUGAACUGGUGUCUUGCUAACCCCCGUGAUAUCUCGGGCUGGAGCUUUGCAGUGUAUGUACUAGAUACCUCGACCCGGCCGUCCCAAGUGCAGGCGCUUGAGAAGGUUAUUCGAUUUGCACUCGGGGUGCGGUGGGAAGGCGAAAGCCUCUGGACGUUUAUUGCGCAAUCUGCCAGACAGUUCGGUCUGGAGGCUUCCCUGGAGAAGAUGAUGAUUCCCGAGGGCCACAGCUCCCCGACGCCUGACUCAUGGUCAAGGUGGCUGGAGUUGGCUAGAUCGCAUUGGGCACACGGUUAA